CCCUGGGAGGGACCAUGGUGCCAAGGCGGUUGUGGGGGAAACUGAAGCAGCCCUUUCUCUUCCUGAGCAGCGCCUCGCUUCUCCUGGGUCUGGCUUUACUGGUCAUACAGCCUGAUGUUGCUCCUGUUGCUUAUUUCUUCCUGUGCUUGGCUGGCUUCUGCUUUUUUGCCUGCCUCCUGUCCUGUGUUGUGGACCGGGUCCUCCAAUCAAUACAGAGCUCAAGGCAGACUGAGAAUCCAGAGGCCUCGGGCAAUGCAAGGGACAAUGAAGCUUUUGAGGUGCCAACCUAUGAACAGGCGGUGGUGGUGAUGGACUCACAAUCACAGCCCCACGUCCAAGAGCUGGAGCAACCACCCCCUUACAGCAGUGUGGUAUCAGCCCCAGGCGAGGAGGGGGCACAGCCUAGCCCGCCAGAGAGGCCCAGCCCAGGAAGCCUGAAAAGGCGAGUGGGCUCAGAGGGCACCGUGUCUCGCAGAGGAAACCCUGGGAGAGCUCUUCGACUUAGAGGUCCACGGGUUGUAUCCACGGCUCCUGAUCUGCAAAGCUUGAGGGCGGCCCCCAAAUCGGAGCCCACGACUCCACCCCCUGCCUACGAAAUCUCCUUUGCUUACCCUGACGACGACAACGUUUUCUACGAAGAUAAAUGGAUACUCCCGUAAGGGAUGCUCUCAGAACCUUAUCAUCUAAGAAAUCCAGGUGGGCUGGAGAGAUGAUUCACCAGCCAGAAGCACUGACUGCAGCGGGGCCUGGAAGGUCGAGGCAGGAGGAUCUCUGAGUUCAAGGCCAGUCUGGUCUACAGAACAAGUUCCAGGACAGCCAGGGCUACACAGAGAAACCUUGUCUCAAAACAAACAAAAACAAAAAUAAAAUAAUACGCAUGCACAAGGCACAGACACAGUUGGCUCAGCAUUUCCUAACGUCUGCUUAACCAGAAACUGCUUUUGCCGGGACAUCCAUCACAAACGCGGCUACGGCAAAGUCCUUCCCAGGUGAGACACAGGUGGCACCGCUGGAUUCUGUGGGAACAUUCUGGAAGCCUACCGGAUGACCAGCCUUUGCAGAGUAAGGUGGAGAACGAAAGGGAGAGACUGGAGCGGUGCUGGGGAGUGACAGCUGCGUGUCAUCAAAGCCUGGCUUGGGUUCCCGUUGGAGGGUAUUUUACCUGGGGGUAGGGGGGUAGUAAGGAGGGAUUCCAAGGGUGUGAGGGGAGCUGGAUCGCUUGUACCAAGAACAGCAGGAU